UUUCAGGCGGCAUUUAUUUCAAUUUAUAAAGAACUGUUCCAAAUUCCCAAAAAAUUGUGGUCCCAAAGUCUUAUUGCUUUCGUUUUCAGGGCUGCACAAGAAAACGUAGAUCCAGGGUUUGUUACAAAAUAUGUACAAUACAUGGAGUACCCAACCCGAAGCACUAGACUAAAAGAUCACCGCUAGUCAUGUAAAACGAAGGCUCGUGGCUGGCUGCAUGGAUGUCAAAGAACAUGUUUUUAGGGGCAGGAAAAACGAUAGGAUUGAAGAUAUUGGCAGUGUUGAUGAAUCCUUUACURGAGAACAAUUUUCAGCUGGACCAUGUCAACACAACUCAAAGUUUGCCUGUGUCUUCAUACCUUGUUCAAUUCCUCUGUUGUACCUCGCAGGCAAUUUGUUACUUGGAGUUUGUGUUUUUGCUGUAAUUUGUAUGUACCUUAUUGGAUAUAUGUCUAAGGAGAGGAAAAGUAUUAUUACAGCAUUUAUAAUUAGUAUAGUGGCACUACAAUUUGUAGCAAUCUAUAGCCUUCUACCGUUUAUAUGGCAAUCUUUCUUUAAUAUUGGUCUUGUCUUUAUUUACAAUGUUUUCUUAGUGCUAUCAGGUGGUGUUGGGCUUCUACAGUUAAAGCAGAUGCAAAUGGAGGAACCUGCAUUUAUUGUGUAUUUGGAGUACAUUUUGUUUGUUGCUUAUCCAAUAACUGGCCAGUUUGUAAUGACAAGUGUUUCAGCUCUUUUGUUUGGUUGGUGUUCUGCUCCAUUUUUUUGCAUUAUUUAUGGGUUUUUAUUUGUCCAAGUGUUUCUUGUCCCUAGCCAGUCAUCUUUUCUGUAUCAUCCUACUAUACAUAAGACAGGAGAUGAACUCAAGCCAACAGACAGUGAUAUUAUUGGACCAAUGGAAAAGACAUUGUUAUUAUUUAACUUACUCACAAUUCCUGGAUCUUUGUUUAUAAUUAUCCACGUUAUGGAAUUUGGGAAGCUUACCACUUGGAUUCAACUUCUCUUCUGUGGCAUCUUUCCAGUUUUCCUUUGCACUUGCUUGAAUAUUGCUGAUGUGAUAAAGUUUUUAGACUUACAUUCAACAUUUGUGUAUAAGAUGAGAUGUUACUCUGGUUCAGUUUGCCUGAUGAUAUUUUCAGUUCUCUUCUGGUCAAAUGGCUUGAUAUCUACUUCUGGAUUACCAAUAUUAUAUGGAAACAUCAUUCUGGGCUUAGUUGUUGGAAUUUCUGCCAAAUCAUUAGGAAUAAGAAAGACACUUCAUCAAAUUUUUCUAGCAAUGUUGACUGUAUUCUAUUUGAGCAUGAUUGGUAGUUGGUGGACCUAUGUUAACUUGUCUAGUCAAAUGCAGCUUAUUCUGGUCGGAUUKACAACAUUGUCUUUAUUGAGUGUGGGCAGUAUUUGGAUGUCAAAUAAUAAAUCAGUAUUGAGCACCAUCAUGGUAUUCCAUUCAGCAGGAAUGGUCCUUUGUGAGUUUUUUCUUCUUGAGCAAAGCUUAUAUUCUGUGUACUAUGCAAUGGUUACUGCAGUAAUUGUUAUCUAUGUUAUGUUCAGGUUAUUUAUUGUAAAUGUKGUAAACUGGCAAGCUACUUGGCUUUGUUGGUGUCUUCAGUCUAGUAAACUUUCUGUGGUCAUUCAGUCAAUUGCACCUCAUCAUGCUCUAGAUCAGGGAUAUUUAUGGCCAAGAGCUUUCAUAAAAUAUCGUCCAAUUGCCUGUGUUGUCUUCAGUUUGUUUUUCUCAAAGUUACUUAUCUUCUAUGAUGAAAAAUCUGUUACUUUUAAAAAGGGAGUUCAAACAUGUUUWGGGAUUGGUAUCGUGAUCUUACUUGCCUAUGACAGUCUUAUCCUCCCUGUCUGGAUAAUUCUAACCAACCAAUGGCCUUCUGGAGCUGAUGUUGCAGCAACUGUUGUACUGUUGUGGGGGCUGCUGUGCUUGAGAGUCUCCUUUACUCACUUUCAUAACAACCUUGAUGCCAAAAGACUGACUGUAGUUAUUCUCUGUAGUGGAGUCUUUAUUGAACUGUUCCAACUUAAUUUCAACCCCAUGCAGGUUACCUAUAGCCUUUGUUACUACAUUAUAUCCCUCAUGUUCCCACUGGCUUUUAACUUAGAUGCCGAAUUGAUUGCACUCCAUUGGCUGUUAUUGGUGUCUUUUAUAACUUCUUUGAUCCUUCUUGUAAAGCUUGUGAGGCUAGAACAUUCUUCUGUACUUUUCCAUGCUGUUGUGUCUGUGUUGAUUGGUUUUCCAGUUGGUUUAAAAGCUGCAUCAAUGGUUAUACCUUUUCAAAUGUGUCUACCGUUGUGYUACGGAGCAUCAUCUUCUUUUGCUGUGUAUUUGAUUGUGUCUUCCUGGAAUGACUUUGAUGAACAGUCACAUAUCCAAAGAGGUUGUAGUUUUGUGGCCCUCCUUUUAUCCUUUGUCCUUUCACUUUUAUUGGAGCCAAAAUUGGACAAAAAAGCUAGUUAUUUAAGGAACUCUGUUAUGACAAUACAUUUUGGUCGUUUCUAUUACCUGAUGCUCUUCAUGGUUCUGGCACUUAGUUUGAAAAGACACAAAUUAAAAGUGAAAGAAAGCCUGGAGGAUAAUAGAGGUAAAUUAACAUUGGUCAAAGUCAUUCUUGGGUCUUCAUCGCUGGCCAAUAUCUCAGUAUUUCUGUCAUGCAUACUAGCAGUGUCAUUGUCUCCGGACAAGCACUGGGAAUUAUGGUUAUUCUUGUGUGCAUGUAUAUUAUUACUAUGGAGACCUGAAGGACUGCAUUGGAGUAUUCCUGGUUCUUUCUUUGCCUCUGUAUUUCUGGUUAUAUCCAUGUACUUGGGUACAAUUAUUACUGCUUUGCCACUCACUCUAGCAGUAUACUCAAUCAUUGGUUUUUGUAUGGAAAUGGUUGUCUUACACUUUUCUCUCCCAUCACAUAUUGGACUCAUUUAUACUCUCUGGAGCAAACACAUAACAUUGACUCUACAACAACUGGCCGUAUUUUCUGGACCCAUUAAUGUUGUAUUAUUGGUGUACUGUUCUACAUCAUGUGGCAAAAUUCUUGGUCUUGCUGGUAUAUUCGCAGCAUACUGGACAUUUUACYAUGUACAAUGUAAAUUAUAAUGAAAACUAUUGCUCAGGAAAUAUUGUUGUUGUUGUUGUUCUUUAGUUAAUUUUUUAGAAUUUAUAUACUGCUAUGUUUGACUUUCUUGAGAACAUUCAAACUUUUAUAAUUUCCUUGACUAGUGAAUCCAAAUAUGUCAUUUUUCCAAAGUUUUGAUAGUUACAAUUACUCGUUUGGGCAAUCUUUAGUUUCAAGGGAAGGGAUUUAGUAAUCCAUGACCCAACGGUCGUCAACUUGCAUCACUUUCGAUSUCCAUAUCCCGCAARGUGUGAAAUCGGGGGAUUAACCCCGAUCCCUGCAUUGAAACGCAUGUUGAAACUCCACAGCUGAAACAGAAUUUUACAUGAUUCCUCUGCGCGAUGGGUAGAAUUAACCCAUGUGCUAUCAAACAACAAGUCCAAAGUUACUUUAUUUAUUUUAGCACCGGGUUUUGAACAUAUUUCAAUUUCCGAUGGAUUCUUUUAUGACUCUGAGUUAAGGUGUUGCGCAUGGUGUAGAUUUCGUUACACAAUGCGUGACGCCCUGCAUGCUACUGCCAACCCAUAAUCGCUUACAAAACCGCGAGAAGCCGUACUCGAGUUUCUUUUGCAGAUUAGAUAUCGACAAGUCAGGACGUUGAACUGAACGUUGACGACAAGGGUUUGCUGUUCUUUUAUCACAAGUGCCUCGAGAGACUCUUAGCUUUUCUCCUCCCAGUUCGACUCCAAAAUCGAUGACGUCAUUGAG